GUGUAGGUGGUUAACAUGAAUAUUUAAACAUUGCAACAUUGUUUUUAAAAUAAAUCCUUGUCUGUGGUAAUAUCGAGUACUACAGAUUUUUGCGAUUGUUUGAAACAGAAAUAGGAGUUAAAUCUAUUAUUAAAGGUCUUCAUAACUUGCGAACAUGUCUGAUACGAGUGAUUUGGACCGUCAAAUUGAAAGGCUGAAAAGAUGUAAGCUAAUAUUGGAGGCAGAGGUUAAAGCCCUCUGUGCGAAAGCCCGCGAGAUCCUUGUCGAAGAAAGCAACGUCCAACGAGUUGACUCCCCUGUGACUGUUUGUGGUGAUAUCCAUGGACAAUUCUAUGACCUCAAAGAGCUGUUCAAAGUUGGUGGAGAUGUACCUGAGACAAACUAUCUUUUCAUGGGUGACUUUGUAGACAGGGGCUUCUAUUCUGUUGAAACAUUUUUGUUACUACUCGCAUUAAAGGUGCGUUACCCAGACCGCAUCACGUUGAUAAGAGGCAAUCAUGAGUCACGCCAGAUAACUCAAGUUUAUGGAUUCUAUGAUGAAUGCAUAAGAAAAUAUGGCUCAAUCACAGUAUGGAGAUAUUGCACUGAAAUUUUUGACUAUCUGUCUCUAUCCGCGAUCAUUGAUGGACGGAUAUUUUGCGUCCAUGGAGGACUUAGUCCCUCUAUACAAACAUUGGAUCAAAUUCGGACUAUUGAUCGCAAACAAGAGGUCCCCCAUGAUGGACCCAUGUGCGACCUGCUUUGGAGUGACCCCGAAGAUACACAAGGCUGGGGCGUGUCUCCCCGUGGAGCUGGUUAUCUAUUUGGUUCGGAUGUUGUGGCUCAAUUCAAUGUAUCCAAUGACAUUGACAUGAUCUGUCGGGCUCACCAGCUUGUUAUGGAAGGAUACAAGUGGCAUUUCAAUGAGACCGUACUCACUGUAUGGUCGGCUCCCAAUUACUGCUAUCGAUGUGGAAAUGUGGCGGCCAUAUUGGAGCUGAAUGAGACACUUCAGCGAGAAUUCACCAUAUUUGAAGCUGCUCCACAGGAAUCCAGGGGUAUUCCAUCUAAAAAACCUCAAGCAGACUACUUCUUAUAAUAACAUUAGACAAGUAUUACGGUUUCAAUGUAGUGUACAAAGCAAUUUGAAUGUGAAUUUCAUGGUAAUUUUAAGACUGUGUUUGAAUGUGUUUAUGUUGAUGCUGAUAAUGACUACUUGUAAGACGCACUUCAUAUUUAUUGUAAGAUUUAUGACUUAAUGUAAUCUUUUGAAAAUUAUCAUAAAUUUAAUGAAUGACUCAAUUUCUUGUGGUAAAUAUCUUAUGAUCGAAUAUGAUUGAAUGAUUUCACUUAAUAUUAAUUUUAAUUGUUGCAUAUAUAUUUCAGUAAACUAAAAAAUUACUUUAAAACUAUAGUUCAAUAUAAGUUAUUUUAUGUUUGCAUAUGUGAUGAAUGGUCAGCCACUACCUAUAAUUAAUUAAUAUAUAAAUAUGGUUUCUUAAUAACACUGCCAUAAACUUAAUUGUUUAUGCCAAGUUUUUCACAAGUCUUCUUAUAUGUGUUUUCUUUAUAUAUUUUUCAGCUUGUGUAGAAUUAGAAUAUUAAUUGACACUAAUGUCACAGUAUAUAAUUAUAGACAAGUGUAGCAAAAGAUAAUCCUGAACAGAAUUAGUUACUAUGAUGAUAGGGAAAUAUAUUUUUAAUUUCCUGUCAUAGUGUAACCAUUAUAAUAACCAUUUUAUCCUUUAUAUUGACACCUCAUAUGUACACUGAGGUUAAAGACAUUAACAUUAGAUGUAAGUAAAAUUAAAAAAAAAAAAAAUUGUCUGACUAAUUGAUUAUCGAUAUGGUAGUAGUAAAAAUAGAAUUCAGUGAUCUCAGUUGAUUUAAAUAACAGCAUUAUAUUUUCUUUCACCUGUCUUCCUUUCCAGUCUCUUUAUUGUAACACUGAUAAAAAUUAAAUGGAUGUUCAAUGUUAAACUAGUUCAGUACUGAUUGCUUAAAAUGAUCAAUUUGUAUCAAUACUUCCUUUUAUAAUAAAUUGAAAUUAAAACAAA